UGUUUGAGUUUUGUCAGCUCGUCAUGCUUUGUUGGAGCUUUGUCAGCUCGUCAUGCUUUGUUGGAGCUCUGCCAGCUCGUCAUUCUCUAUUGGAGCUCUGUCAGCUCGUCAUGCUGUGUUGGAGCUCUUUCAGCUCGUCAUGCUUUGUUGGAGCUUUGUCAGCUCGUCAUUCUCUGUUGGAGCUCUGUGAGCUCGUCAUGCUAUGUUUGAGCUUUGUCAGCUCGUCAUUCUUCAUCGAAGCUCUGGGAGCUCGUCAUGUUAUGUUUGAGCUUUGUCAGCUCGUCAUGCUUUGUUGGAGCUUUGUCAGCUCGUCAUUCUCUGUUGGAGCUUUCUCGUCAUGCUUUGUUGGAGCUUUGUCAGCUCGUCAUGCUUUGUUAGAGCUCUGCCAGCUCGUCAUUCUCUAUUGGAGCUCUGUCAGCUCGUCAUUCUCUAUUGGAGCUCUUUCAGCUCGUCAUGCUGUGUUGGAGCUUUGUCAGCUCGUCAUGCUUUGUUGGAGCUUUGUCAGCUCGUCAUUCUCUGUUGGAGCUCUCCGUGCUCAUCUGUUGACGAGGUCUUGGGGCAAGCUCAGUUCACCAAAUGGAGAUUUGGAUCUUGCUCAGCUGUGCUCAUCUGUUGACGAGCUCAAGGAGAACACUGAUGUAAGAGCUCACCAAAUGGAGAUUUGGAUCUUGCUCAGCCCUGCUCGUCUGUUGACAGGGUCUUGGGGCAAGCUCAAGGAGAACACUGAUGUAAGAGCUCACCAAAUGGAGAUUUGGAUCUUGCUCAGCCCUGCUCGUCUGUUGACGAGGUCUUGGGGCAAGCUCAAGGAAAACACUGAUGUAAGAGCUCACUAAAUGAAGAUUUGGAUCUUGCUCGGCCCUGCUCAUCUGUUGACGAGGUCUUGGGGCAAGCUCAAAUUAUUCACGCCCUUGUUCUUCAAACUUUGAUGUAGAAUGUAAAAUGUAGAACUCCCCUUAUUCCUCCCCCUUCUUGUCUGAAUUUAUUCAGAGGAGCUUCUGACUUUUUGAUAGUGUAUGGGGAGCUUCAUAUAUGUUGAUUAGGCCAACAUAAUUAACCUGUUCCCUGCAC